AUGGGCGCCGGUUGCCGUUGGUCACUUUGCAUGCCUCAUAUCAAGCUGACAAGAGCCGCUUCAACAGAGCUGCAGAGACCAAGUCACGACCACAAGGCAGUGUGGGCAUUUGCAGGCGGUGCAGCAUGGUGCGAAAGAAAACGAAAAGGCCACUUUCCACGUGCCGUAUCUAAUGGAGUGGAUGAUCAUUCAGCUGCGGUCAAAACGUGGCUACACAAGUUCAUCAUCGGCAAGAACUUUUGCCCGUGGGCAAAGUCAGUCAGUGACAACGACUCCGUGAGGGUUGUCACUAGCCUUGCGACCACAGAAGAUGGAAUACUGCGCGAUUUGGAAGAAGAAGUCGCUGCACUCCCAUCCUGUCCAAAUGUGCCCGAGGGUGUUCCUAGCACUACUUUGCUGGUGUGCCCUCACGUUUCGUCCUGGCAAGAUUUUGAUACUUUCAACGAGUUCUAUGGAAAUGCUCUUCGGAAUGGUGUCCUUUUUGAGGAGAAUUUCAAAGUGAAGUUGGUAGCCUUUCACCCAAGCUUCAUCCACUCACCUUUGUAUGGCCCUGUAUUGGAAGUUGGUGACGUGUUGACUCUCCCAACAUCAGAGGGUGAAGUGGACGCAACGGUCCUGGAUGCAGAUGUUGAAGCAGAAGAACCUGGGGAGGCGUUUCGUGUGCAAUUGGAGAAUGGCGAGGAACAGGUUAUCAGCUAUGCGCGACUAGCAGAGUUGCUGCAAGACUCCCAGUAUGAAACCGUGGAAGAUGCGGAUGAAGAUGGAGAGGAUGCCGAAAUCGAAAUGGAUGAGGAAACAGAGAUCCUUGAGAACAUGGCCCAAAGAGCGCCACGACCAACUUUCCACUUGCUGAGAUUGUGCGAUGACCCUUUGCUGCAGAGGAUUGCAGCUGGUGGUCGUUCAUACUCCUUCAGAACUGGUUUGAUGAGCUUGAUCGAUGCCCUAGAGGAGCAGCUGCUGAAUCCAGCCCCAGGAACAAACGCAGUAGAAAUAAGGCGAAAUUCUGCCAUUGACCGGUUGCAAGCACCAAAAGAUGGGACGAAAGCCCAGGUUUUGCUGCGUGAUGGCAGCCGUGUAGAGGCAGACUGUGUUAUUGCGGCGAUUCAACCGACGGUCCUAGGAGAGCUGCUGAAAACCAGCGGCCUUGACCUCUCAGUUUCAACUGGCCAAAGCCUUUGCCAACUGUUAGAAGAAAUCAAGAACAAGUCGGUGGCGGUUGUGAAUAUCAGCUAUGACAAAGAUGUUUUGAAGGAGCGCAGACUGCGCGGUGCAGGCUAUUUCGUCGGCUCGUCGGAGAACCAUGAGCUCACUCCUCAGUCGUUGGUGCAGACAAGCUGGCAGAGACCGCACCAUUGCAUGAUUGCCAUUUCGGUGGUCGUUGGAAGCCAAAGUGCGCCCAAAUUGGAGGCUGCACGGCAGGGCUUUGAGCGAUUGGGCUCGGCGUCAGUGGAGGUGACAGGUGUGGAGGCCGACUCUGGUGUUUCUGCACAACCGUUUGGGAUGGAGGAAACUCGCCUUGGUGCACUGAAUCGCUUAAAAGCAGCUCGUGCUUCAGCAGAGGGCACGGUGGCCGAUUUUUGCAUCGCUUUUGAAGGAGGAGUUGAAGAGGAUGCUGAAGGUGUGAUGGCAUGCUUUGCAGUGGUUUGUGUCCAAUUCCGAGAUGACGACUUCAUCAGUCAGGUUCGAAGUGCAACACAUUCUGUACCCCCGGGAAUCACGAAGAUGCUGCGUGACGGCAUAGAGCUUGGUGUUGCAACCGACAGAUUCUUCGCAGACAGAGUGGAAGCAGGAUACGGCAAACACACAGGCGGCACCAUCGGAGCUUUGAGUUACGGGGUCGUGGACCGGGUGGAGUUUUAUGCGCAGCCUGCGUGCUUGAGCUUAGUACCUUUCCUGAACGCUGAUGCCUAUGGUAUCAGCCGAACAAAUCCUUUGCACCGAGGGCCAGCGGGAUAA